AUUCUGUGCGAGCGCUUCCGGGUCACGCGACGCUGAUGCUUGGGAGUCAUGUGAUACCAAGAUGGCGGUGCCGCGGUAGCUUCCCUGGGACAGUACCGUCCUAGGAGCCGCGACAGUUUCUGCCCUUAGGUUGUGGACUGAUCCAUUUGACUGACUCUGCGGCAACCCGUGGCUAGGACUAAGGACCUGAUCAGAGUUGGAGCUGUUUAUGUCGUCGGAAAUAUGAUCAGCGCCCCUGAUGUGGUGGCCUUCACCAAGGAAGAUGACUACGAGGAAGAACCUUACAAUGAGCCCGCCUUGCCUGAGGAGUACUCAGUUCCUCUCUUCCCCUAUGCCAGCCAGGGGGCUAACCCCUGGUCUAAACUGUCUGGGGCCAAGUUCUCCAGGGACUUCAUCCUUAUUUCCGAGUUCUCUGAGCAGGUGGGACCCCAGCCCUUGCUGACCAUCCCCAAUGACACCAAAGUUUUUGGCACUUUCGAUCUCAAUUACUUCUCCUUGCGGAUCAUGUCAGUGGAUUACCAGGCUUCAUUCGUGGGUCAUCCUCCUGGUUCGGCCUACCCCAAGUUGAACUUCGUGGAGGACUCUAAAGUGGUACUGGGAGACUCUAAGGAAGGGGCCUUUGCGUAUGUGCACCAUCUCACCUUGUAUGACUUGGAAGCCCGCGGCUUUGUGAGGCCUUUUUGUAUGGCUUACAUCUCCGCAGAUCAGCAUAAAAUCAUGCAGCAAUUCCAAGAGCUUUCAGCCGAAUUUUCCAAAGCAUCGGAGUGCUUGAAGAUGGGUAACAGGAAGGCGUUUGCUGGGGAGCUUGAAAAAAAGCUGAAAGACCUGCAUUACACCAGGACAGUGCUGCACAGGGAAACGGAGGUCCAGAAGAAAGCCAACGAUAAAGGUUUUUACUCCUCUCAGGCGAUUGAGAAAGCCAACGAACUGGCCAACGUGGAGAAGUCCAUCAUUGAGCACCAAGACUUGCUGAAGCAGAUCCGCUCCUACCCUCGUCAGAAGAUGAGGACGCCUGAUUUGCAUCCUGGUGAUGUGGAGCAUAGCCAAGAGCAGGCUGACCAGGUGUCCACUACCUAUAACCCCGAGGAGUCAGUGAGUGCAGACGUUUAUACCUGCAGGCCUGCUUACACCCCAAAACUCAUCAAAGCGAAGUCCACCAAGUGUUUCGACAAGAAGUUGAAGACUUUGGAGGAACUCUGUGACACUGAGUAUUUCACUCAGACCCUGGCCCAGCUUAGCCACAUUGAACACAUGUUCAGAGGAGACCUGUGCUACCUCCUGACCAGUCAGAUUGACAGAGCACUUCGAAAACAACAGCACAUAACAAAUUUCCUCUUUGAAGAUUUUGUGGAGGUUGAUGACAGGAUGGAGAGGCAAGAGACUGUGGCCUCUCAGCCCAGCCAGGACAGGCUGCCUUCCAGGCCUGUGGUAGAGUGCCCCAUUCCUAAAGUGUUAAUUAGUGUUGGUUCUUACAAGUCCAGUGUGGAGUCUGUGUUGAUCAAGAUGGAGCAGGAGCUUGGAAAUGACGAGUACAAGGAAGUGGAGGCAACAGAGCCAGGCAGUUUGGACCCUCAGGAAACCCUGGACUACCUGGACAUGGAUAUGAAAGGGAGCAUCAGCAGCGGGGAAAGCAUUGAGGUUCUGGGCACUGAGAAGUCAUCUUUUGCGCUGUCUAAAUCUGACAGCCAGACCAGCCUCACGGUGCCGUUGAGCCCCCAUGUAGUCCGUAGCAAAGCGGUCAGCCACAGGACAAUCAGUGAAGACAGCAUUGAAGUCUUAAGCACCUGCCCUUCUGAGGCCCUCAUUCCUGAUGACUUUAAGGCCACCUACCCAAGUGCCAUUAAUGAGGAAGAAACCUAUGCAGAUAGUGAAGGGGCCAUCCAUUUCCAGGCAGGUGUCAGCCCACAAGAACUCAGUGAGACCCAGGAGGGCAUCCUGGAAAACACUGCAUCUCAAAUAGACUCCAGCUGCUGCAUCGGAAAGGAGAGUGAGGGUCAGUUAGCGCCUCUCCCCACCCCAGCUUAUACGCUUUCUGAUGAGGAUGGUGUGGUGAGCAUUCCUCCACAGCGCUACUUGCAGAAGGACCAGGGACUCCAUGUGGACUUCGUGAUGGAAAACACUGACCCCUCUCCCCGAGACAACAGUUGUGAAAUGUUCCCCGCUUACGAGCUGGAUCCAAGCUGCCUUCUGGCUAGCAGAGAUGUUAGUAAGACGAGCCUGGAUAACUACUCGGAUCCCCCUAGCUACAUGGGCAAUGUGGCCUCCACCAGCUCGGACAGAACCCCCUCUGCUCACCCUGCUGCUCUGUCCUCUGAGAGGCACAAAAAGAGAGCUGGCCAGAAUGCCUUAAAAUUCAUCCGCCAGUACCCUUUUGCCCACCCAGCCAUCUACUCCCUGCUUAGUGGGAGGACACUUGUGGUCCUGGGCGAAGAUGAAACCAUAGUCAGGAAGCUUGUAACCGCACUGUCCAUCUUUGUGCCCAACUAUGGCUGCUACGCCAAGCCAGUGAAGCACUGGAUUUCCUCCCCUUUGCAUAUUAUGGAUUUUCAGAAGUGGAAGCUUAUUGGCCUACAAAGAGUGGCCUCCCCUUCCGCUGUGGGUGCCCUCCACACCCUGAGCCGCUACAGCCGCUACACAAGCAUUCUGGACCUGGACAGCAAGACCCUCCGCUGUCCCCUGUACAGGGGCACGCUGGUGCCCCGCCUGGCUGACCAUCGCACUCAGAUCAAGAGGGGCAGCACGUACUACCUGCACGUGCAGAGUGUGCUCACUCAGCUCUGCUCCAAGGCAUUCCUCUACACCUUCUGCCACCACCUGCAUCUGCCUGCCCACAGUGAGGAGACACAGGAAGCAGUGGCCAGCAGACAGACCAGCUUCCUAAAGCUGAACCUGGGACUGGUGAACGAGGACAUCAGAGUGGUGCAGUAUCUGGCUGAGCUGUUGAAACUGCACUACAUGCAGGAGUCACCUGGGACUGCCCACCCACUGCUCAGGAAGAGUAUGCUGAAGAAGAAGGCCAUGGACUUGUUCACCCAGACGACCAUCCUGCCCCUGCUGUUUGGCUGCCUAGGGAUUUUCAGCCUCUUCCGCCUGCUGCAGCGGAUCCGCUCGAAGACUUAUGUGAAGAAUGCUGUAGUGGUGCUUACAGGUGCCACCUCAGGGCUCGGCAGAGAAUGUGCCAGAGUCUUCCAUGCCGCGGGGGCUAAACUGGUGCUCUGUGGCCGAGAUGCGAAGGCCCUUGAGGAGCUCACCCGGGAACUUGCUUGUUCUUGUUCCUCCAAGGGACAGACACACCAACCCUUCACGGUGACCUUUGACCUCACCGAUCCUCGUGCCAUUGCUACCGCAGCAGCUGAGAUCUUACAGUGCUUUAGCUUUGUGGACAUCCUCAUCAAUAAUGCUGGUGUCAGCUACCGAGGUACCAUCAGUGAUACCAUAUUGGACGUGGACCGGAGGGUGAUGGAGAUAAACUAUUUUGGCCCUGUUGCUCUAACAAAAGCUCUCCUACCCUCCAUGGUCAAGAGGAAGCGAGGCCACAUUGUUGCCAUCAGCAGCAUCCAGGGCAGGAUCAGCAUUCCUUUCCGGUCGGCAUAUUCGGCCUCCAAGCAUGCCACCCAGGCAUUCUUUGACUGUCUGCGGGCAGAGAUGGAACAGGACGGCAUUGAGGUAACUGUGAUAAGCCCUGGAUACAUCCACACCAAUCUCUCUGUAAAUGCUGUCACUGCUGAUGGCUCCAGAUACGGAGCUCUAGACAAGAGCACAGCCCAGGGCCGAAGCCCUGCAGAGGUGGCCCGGGAUGUCCUUGCUGCUGUGGGGAAGAAGAAAAAAGAUGUGCUCCUGAGUGACCUUGUGCCGGCCAUGGCUGUCUAUCUCAGAACUCUGGCUCCUGGCCUUUUCUUCAGAAUCAUGGCCUCCAGGGCCAGAAAAGAGCGAAAAUCCAAGAACUGCUGAUCUUGAUAGAGCUGCUAGCUUGGCCAGCCCGAUCUCAAGGGGUCCACAGUUGUGGCCUCGUGGAAGGCUGGCUCGUUCUCAGGGGUGGGCAGGAGCACUUCUGUUUUCCCCAGGAGCGGGUUAACCCUUACCUUAAGGAGUGAAGUGUAGACUUGGGCUGAGACUCUGAAAGAUGCAAAAUAAAAGGCUGAAUAAAUAG